AUGUCGUCCAAGAGGAAGAAAAACGAUAGUUCGGACGAAGAAAGUGAUGAAGUCGAUUGGCAGAAGAAGUAUCUGAAUGUGGAAAAACUGUGUCAGAAGACGGAAAACGAACUGAAGGAGUCGCAGGAAGAGAUGGAAACGAAGCGCUUGGAGCUGACAGAAGCAGCUGCGAAGAAUGAAAAGCUAGAAAGAGAAUUGAAACAUGUUAACGAUAAAGUCCUUCGAUUCCAAUCAAUGAUGAGUGCCAGAGGUGUUAUCAAGUGGCUUGAAGAAGAAAAGCGAAAUGACGCUAUACGGAAAAUGCCGCUUGACGUGAUCGAGCACAACGAGCCACUCCUCCAUUUGACAAUCCGUCUGAAAUUGGAGCGUUACAAAGAAGAAUUGGAGCGUUUGGAUGAGCCGUUGGACAGAAGCACAUGGUAUCAAAGUCCGGCACAGGUUGACGCCUAUUACGCGCCGAACAACAACGAGAUGAUCUUUCCGGCCGGUAUCACGCAAUUCCCAUUCUUGACAAUCGGUGUCCCCAACUAUAUCACGUAUGGAAUGGUCGGCGCCGUGAUUGGACACGAAGUCUCACAUGCGUUUGAUGAUCAAGGCGGUCGCUAUGAUGAGUGGGGAAACUUGAACGAUUGGUGGGACGCGGAAACGGCGCAGAAAUUCGCCGACAAAACCCAGUGCUUCGUGGAACAGUACGGAUCUGUUGAGCGAGAACAUCGCGGGCAAUGGGGGAGUGAAAACCGCGUUCAAUGCAUACAAAGCUUGGCGACUGAAGACGAGCCGGCGCUUCCUGGUUUCCAGAAUUUCACCUCCGAACAAAUGUUUUUCCUUGCUUAUGCGAAUAACUGGUGCUUGGUGGUUCGACCCAAACACUAUGUGCAAUUGGUGAUGGCCGACGUUCACGCGCCGUCAAAAUAUCGAGCCAUCAUCCCGCUGCAGAAUCGAAAGGAGUUCUCUGAAGCAUGGAAAUGUCGCGACGGAUCAAUGAUGAACCCACGGCACAAAUGUCAAGUGUGGCGAUGGGUGUUUUUUUUGAUUAUU